CACCAUCAUGAGCAAAUUUCCACGAAUGCCUCACAAUCCACGAUUGUGUCAUCUUUCAAUGACAUAAAAUUUUAAAAAAUUUUCUAAGUUGAACGCUUGUUAGAGUAAUUACUAUUGUGUUCAUAUGCUGUGGGCACUACGCUGCAGCCAGCUAUAGCAACGCUGGCGGAGAAAGCACGAGGCGUCGCUAGGCCCCUUGGAUACCGCUCCUCUUAGAACUGCAGCCUAGUUAGCUGGCGACAACAACAAGCGUGCGCUGUCUGAUACAUCUUUACACUGACCAAUUUAACUACAUUUAAUUACAGAGAUUUCGGAAACCAAUACUGCGGGGACGUUUUUUCCCUAGGUGUUGCGACGACGAUUGUACUUUUAAUUCAUGCGAAUAAAGAAAAUGCGUCCUAGGCUAGCUGGCUAGCAAAGGACUGCUGCUGUUAACAGCGAAUGCAGAUAUAGGAGAGGCAUCAAGUAAGCCUAUUGUAGCUGAGUCCAAACGAGCCCGAACCUGCAGGUUGCCCUAUUGAGGUUACAGCCAUGUUGGAAGAGGAUAUGGAGGUGGCCAUCAAGGUGGUGGUUGUGGGCAAUGGCGCUGUGGGCAAGUCGAGCAUGAUUCAGAGAUACUGCAAAGGCAUCUUCACCAAGGAUUACAAAAAGACCAUUGGUGUCGACUUCCUGGAAAGGCAAAUAGUUGUAAAUGACGAAGAUGUGAGGUUGAUGUUAUGGGACACUGCAGGUCAGGAGGAAUUUGACGCCAUCACUAAGGCCUACUACCGAGGUGCACAGGCCUGCGUGCUGGUCUUCUCCACCACGGACAGGGAGUCAUUUGAGGCCAUCAGCAGCUGGAGGGAGAAAGUAGAGAUGGAGGUUGGAGACAUUCCGACUGUCCUGGUACAGAACAAAAUUGACCUCCUGGAUGAUACAGUGAUAAAAAAUGAGGAAGCAGAGGGUCUUGCCAAGAAGCUCAAAUUAAGGUUUUAUCGGGCCUCUGUGAAAGAGGACCUCAAUGUCAAUGAAGUUUUUAAAUAUUUAGCAGAAAAAUACCUGCAGCGGCUCAAGCAAAAGACAGCUGAGAAUCCAGAAGUUGUUCACACAUCAAGCAAUAAAAUAGGUGUUUUCAACACUACCAGUGGCAACCACCUGAACCAGAACUCCAUUGAUCUCAAUGGCCGUGAGGUCAUCAAUCUGCGACCAAACAAGCAGAGAACUAAGAAGAAAAUCCCUUUUGGUAGCUGCAGACUUGUCUAGAACAUCUCCUCCUUUAUGGUAUGCCUUGACUGUCUUGUUGGGAGAGAUGACCUGCAGAUGGGGUCCAGGUGACAUGGAACAUAACUGACACUAACUGGGUUAGAGAAGGGUGCCAUCUCCAUGUAAACAUGCUCCAUCCACAGGAGCCCUUACUACUAGAUGAACUCAUAACUUUUGCACAUCCUGUAGUCAUGUUUGGUGUCCUUGAUUUAUAAGGGAGAAUGUCAUGUACGAUUAUAGCAGACAAAUUGUGGAAAUGUGCUCUCUGCUGGUUACAACUGGUUAAAGCAACCUUAGAGGGGGGUCAAUACGAUCUUAAAGGCACACUUCUUGAUUUGUGAAAAUCUGUUACAUUUUACCUGAUUCAUUGAGAUGAUGACUAUUAGGCACCCCUCAAGUCUUCUGUAACUGACUUGCUAUAUAGACAAAAUAUCAAAGUGGUUUAGCUGUUCAUAGUCAGAGAAGGAGCAAACAGUUGCAAAUAAUACCCUUAAAUGGUUUCGUUGAAAGACUAACUUGAUUCAGCCUAACUAGACUACAAUAUUGCUGUAAUGCUAUAAUAUUUUUUUUUAAUUGAGGACUGUGGCUUUAAAAUUGGAAUGAUCAGAAAAUAUAUUUUCUCUCAAUAUAAAAAAAUAUAGCAAGUUACUAAGAUUGUGCUUUUUCAUGUGGUAUAGAGCAGGGUAACAUUCACUAGUAACAUUAGGCUAUCUAAAAGCAGACAUCAUUUUUACUCUUAUCAUUUGUGCAUUUGACUGUUCAUCUUUUGUGCAAUAUGUUUGUACCGAGUGAGAGAGAUUAUUUAGUAACACAAGCUUUGCAUUAAAAAUUAUUUGUUUAUAAUGUCAACAAAGUAAUACGAUUUCACUAUUUUCAGUCCUUGUUCCUAAAGGUAUUUUUGUAUGAGAGAUUGUAAUCAGAUGAGUUGAUGAAAACCAUAGCAUUAACACAGUGCCAAAAAGUUUUUAAAGCUGUAUGUACUUGUAAGAAAUGUAAAUAUUGUUAGUAACAAGUUUCAGCAAUCAUUUCAGUUUGUAAAACGUCUCAAGUACUACUAAUACGCAUGAGAAUACCUGCUAGUAAUAAUGUGCAACUAUAUGCCCAUGACUGAAACAUUUUCAGGUCAUAGCUAAUGACUAAAUGCACUCCAAUGUGAUCAGAUAAAUAAAUGAAUAAAUAAAUACCUACAAACAUUCCAGUGGACAAAACUGCAGUUUACCUUGCACCUGGUCAUUAUCUACAAUGAGCUCACUGCUGCACCAUAAAACCAUAGCCAUUUUUAUGGAUCACAAUAUUGGCUAUGAUGUUUCUGUGUGCCUUCCACCUGGAAAAGUGUAAAAAGCUAAUUAUCUCCUAAAGUUAUUGUAAUGUAAAUAAACACUAAUCCAUUAUGUAAAAUUGGUGUCAAAGAAUUACAUGAGAAUGCAGUUAUACUCCUGGAUUCCUAUAAACGGAUGUUUCCCAACCUAGUACACCAUACCAAGGACUGGGUCCCAGCUCAUAGCAAAACCAAACAAGGAUUAAUUUUUCUUGAUUGCAGAUUUAAGUGUGUUAGGAGCUAAAAUGAAAUUAAAAUGUGCACUGCGUUUGGGCGGGGUUGGUAAAUGCUACUAUAAAUGACCUUGGACAUCAGCUUUUACUUGCCAUCUCUGUAACCCCUGAUCAAAGCACAAGUGCUUUGAAUGUGCCACUGAGGAUGAAUGGUGUGAUAUUCUGUAGCUGUGACCAUGUAUAUUGGAAUAAUAGAUGCUAUGGCCCUUGGACUGGCCUUUUUUUGCAAUUUGUUGGAAGAAAAAUUGUGGCAUUCAGCUUGAUGAGUAAAUCUGUAAACCCAUUAUACUGUACUUUCAAUUGAUCUGAAUGAGUUAUGCAGCAACUGACAUUUUAGGAGAAAGACCACACCUAAAACAUUCACCUGAAGCUUUUAUCCAAAGGAACUUACAAUUAUGACUGAGUACAACUUGAGGGUCUUGCUCAGGGGCCCAACAGUGG